AGCCGCGUAACCUACGCUGUACCUAAGCGCACCUCUCCAAUAAUGUAACUGCGCGUCUCGGCUACGCAGACCGCAACAACUGUGAUUGGCUCGCUUGGUAGCAUCGCAUUUCCUCUUACGCAUUUCCGGUUGCUGCCGCUUCUCCGCUAUUUUCGAAUUCAGAAAGAUGAAAGAGGAGGAACAUGAUUUGAGCGUAAAAAUUGACAAAAUCGAGGAGAGGUUAAGUGAGGAAGUCCGGAAAUAUGUACAUUUGUAUGACUCUUCGUCGCCAGACUAUAAAGACUGCCAAAUGGCAUCAAAUUCGUGGAAAGAAAUUUCCAAAACCCUCGGUCUGGACGUCAUGGAAUGUACAAAGAAAUGGAAAAACUUGAGGGACAAGUACGUGCGCGUCCGGAAAAGACUCUCCAAGAGGAGCGGGGACCCAGGCGGAAAAAGAAAAGUGCCCGCGUUUUAUUUUUAUCUGUCCUGGCUGGCACCACACAUUAAACACCGGGAAACGGAAUCAAAUUAUGACGACAACAAGGAUGGAAAUGAUUCGGCCUCAGGGUUGUCCACCUCUUCAGUUGCUGAGGAAAACCAACCACCUGAAAAUCCAUCUUCACGUGCAGAAUCAUCAUCAAGUCCUGAGUCAUCCCCUGUGCACCCCCAGCCACUUCCUGUGCCCCCCACACCAUCUCCUCUGACCUCCAGCCCAAGGAUAGCACAGAAAAGGAAGAGGAAACAACAUGAUGUAUGGUUUGAGAAGCAGGUCGCCCAGUGGGAUGAACGUAGGGUGGAACUGCAACGUAGACUGUUGCAAGAAAACGAUGAGCUCUCCAGGUUUGGACAAACAGUUGCAGACAUGCUGCGGAGGCUGCCAGAGAAGCACAGACCACAGGCAAUGUUCGAUGUCCACAAACUGCUGUUUGAGAGGCAGCAGCAGCAGAAACAAUGAACAAUUGCAUAUUUUAUUUUAUUUAUAUAAAACUUUGUAUAAUAUUGUGCACAUUACUGCAAAUAAAUGACUUUAUA